UUGUUAGUUGAAUUUUGUGAAAUUUAUUUUUUUUUUCGCUUUUGACGUCGCGUCGCCAAUGCGGUCGAGUUUUUCAUCGUCCUCGGCACUGCCACUGUCGACAUUGCCGUUAUUUUGGUAAUUGCUAUAUCCUUUCAUAGUAUAGCUAAAGUGUAGACAAAGAAGCGGAAGGAGCAGCACAAGCAGCUAAGCGACCAAGGCAAAAAGCACAUAUUUGAAUUUCGCAUGAAAUGUUGCUGGAAUACGUAAUGAUGCUGCUUGUGUUCGGAUUAACCACAACCGUUGAGCGGAGCCAAAUCGACGCACUCGCAUUCGAGGGCACAACAAGACAUCCGCCACAUCAUCAUCAUCCACCGCUACAAUCAAAUCAGCUGACACCAACAGCACACCAAAUAUCAACGCACAAUUUGGAAUCACUGUCAGUAGCUAGACGCAUGCAGCCCUCCUCUUCCUCAGCACUUUUAUCGGCAACAUCAGCAGAAUCGCUGACAUCUUUCUCAAAACUUGAACUCUCCAAUGCUAUUUUGGACAGCUUCGAUGGUGUGGGCGUGAGCGGUGAGCCACAAUUUGAGAACACCACCGAACGUGAAGUGAUUGCGGCUGUUGGCACUACAGCUCGGCUACACUGUCGUGUGAGAAACCUCGGUGAUCGGGCCGUCUCAUGGAUACGUAAGCGGGAUUUGCAUAUUCUCACCAUCGGCAUCAUGACAUAUACUAACGAUCAACGAUUUCUCGCGCGACACAUCGACAACUCUGAUGAAUGGGUGUUGAAAGUGGUCUCCGUGCAACCGCGUGAUGCCGGCAUUUACGAGUGUCAGGUAUCGACAGAACCGAAAAUAAGUAAAGCGUACAAGCUGAUGGUUGUGACAUCAAAAGCGCAAAUACUCUCGAAUCGCGAACUCUUCAUACAAAGUGGCAGCGACAUUAAUUUGACGUGCAUCGCACCGCAAGCGCCCGGCCCGUAUACGCAUAUGAUGUGGUACAAGGACAGCGAAUUAAUUAACGAUUCAACGCGCGGCGGUAUACGCGUCGUAUCGGAGCAGCAAAUGAAGACGAGUAAUUUGGUGAUAUCGCGUGUGCUGCAUCGGGACUCGGGGAACUACACAUGUGCUGCAGAUAAUUCAAAUUCUGACAGUGUAUUUGUGCAUAUCAUCAAGAGUGAACAGCAUGCGGCGAUGCAACAUGAAUUGGCCACACAAAUGCAGACACCGCGACUGUUGUUGGUGUUGCUGACGUUUCUCUAUUUAUUCGAGCGUUCAAUCAAAUGAAAGCGAACAAUUCACUAGCUAUUGUGGUCAUUACAAAAACCAAUACAAAUGCGCUAAAAACCACUGUAAUUUAAGAUUAUGGAUUAGCAACGCAAAAACAAUAACAAAAUCACUUACUAAAAUUAAUAAAAUAAAAAUAAAAUACAAAUAAGUAUUAGAAAAUGUAAAGCGAGUAAAUAGAUUUUACAUUAGCGACAGCUUAGCUGUUCAUUGCGCAUUUGCAAUUGGGAAGCCGCACAAGAGGGUGUGCAUAGAAAGCUAAUCUCUCUAACUCAUCCCGUCAGUCACAGCAAUAAACAACUACUUUAAAUGCAAUUAAAAAAUCACAACGAACAUCUGUUGGCUACGGCGGAACAAAGAGAAGGAAGAGGCGCAUAUGCUAACUACCGCUACUGCUGCUGCUGCUCAAUUUUUGUAAAUUUGCAUGCACAAGAGACUUGAUAAUUGUUAGUUCCACUAAUAAUUAAAAUUAAAACUAAAACUAAAAAAAGAAAAAAAAUACUAAACUUUGAAUUCACGUGAUUUUUGCAUAUUUAUUAAUAUUUUUGCUUUUAAUUUUCCACUUUUAUGUUAUUCAUGUGUGUUCGGCAUCUCAUUUCACUUGUAAAUGUAUUGUAGUGAAUUAUAAAUAAUUUUUAAGUAUUUUUGUACUUUUAAAAUAAAAAUAGUUGAUAAGUUAUAGGUUUUAAAAUAGAUGCGUAAAUAUGUAGCCGUGUAAGUGAGAUAAAAGCAACGGUAAAUCAAAAAUUUAAAUCAACAAAAACAAUGU